AUGAUAGAGCGGUGGCGACCGGAGACGCACACGUUUCAUUUACCCAUCGGCGAGGCUACCAUCACGCUUGAGGACGUGGAGGUUCUCUUCGGGUUUCCGAUUGAUGGAUUGCAUGUAGCUUACCCGCAUGCUCUUAGAGACUAUAGGGAAGUGCAUUACCUGUAUAUGUUGCAGCGACUCACCUGUUUCCAGCCAGCGGAGGAGACUGCAUUGAGUGGGGCAAGUCAAUUGCAGAUGACGCCCGUCCGAAAGCAUCUGGAGGCGAUGGAUGCGGAGAUUAUUGAUGCUUCACUAGCGGAGGAUAUCGACUGGCACACGAGAUUGUUGUUGAUGCUGAUGUUUGGUGGUGUAUUGUUCCCGAACACUUCGGGGAACCUAGUCAGCUUGAUAUUUUUACAUCAUCUGGAGCAGCUAGAUGAAUUACCUGGUUACAGCUGGGGUGCAGUUGUUCUAGGUUACCUGUAUAGGCAGAUGUGUCGGCGUGCAUGGGCACCCAGAGAGACGUUGUCGGAUUUUUACCGCUGCUGCAGGUGA